CUUGAACUUGUUCUGAAGAAGCUAGACAAACUCUUCUUAAAAAAUACAAACAUUUUGCGACAUUUAAAAAAUAAAGUCAUGUUUGGGGCCGCACAAACCACAACGAAUCGUAUGAACGAUUUCGAGGUGGCCUCGCCGCCCGACGACUCCGUCUCAGCGCUGGAGUUCAGCCCAAGCACUUUGCAAGUUCAGAAGAAUUUCCUCAUUGCCGGCAGCUGGGACAACAGCGUGCGUUGUUGGGAGGUUGAACAAAAUGGAGCAACAGUGCCAAAGUCUAUGAAAUCGAUGGGUGGACCGGUACUGGAUGUAUGCUGGUCGGAUGAUGGCACCAAAGUCUUUAUGGCCUCCUGCGACAAACAGGUGAAACUAUGGGAUCUUGCCUCCGAUCAAGUAAUGCAAGUAGCCGCUCACGAUGGACCGGUCAAAACUUGUCACAUGGUAAAGGGACCAAACUACACGUGCCUCAUGACCGGCUCCUGGGACAAAACGCUCAAGUUUUGGGACACUCGCACGCCAAAUCCAAUGAUGGCCAUUAAUCUGCCCGAGCGUUGCUACUGUGCAGAUGUCGACUACCCGAUGGCCGUGGUUGGCACUGCGGGACGUGGUCUAAUUAUUUAUUCACUAGAGAACAGUCCAACCGAGUACAAGCGACAGGAGAGUCCGCUUAAAUAUCAGCACCGCACCAUAUCGAUAUUCAAGGAUAAGAAAAAGACACCCACAGGCUAUGCGCUGGGAAGCAUAGAAGGUCGUGUUGCCAUACAGUACGUGAACCCGGUCAAUCCAAAGGAUAAUUUUACAUUCAAGUGUCAUCGGUCGACGGGCACUUCGGGCUUCCAAGAUAUAUACGCCGUGAACGAUAUUGCAUUCCAUCCCGUGCACGGCACGUUGGUCACCGUUGGAUCGGACGGCACAUUCAGUUUUUGGGAUAAAGAUGCGCGCACCAAGCUCAAAUCCAGCGAGGCCAUGGAUCAAUCUAUUACAAAAUGUGGCUUUAACGCCAAUGGCCAGAUAUUUGCGUACGCUGUCGGCUAUGAUUGGUCCAAGGGUCAUGAAUACUUCAAUCCGGCAAAGAAACCACAGAUAUUCCUGCGCUCCUGCUACGAUGAGCUAAAGCCGCGCGUCAACUGAUCGGAAUCGUGUUUUAGUUUAAGUCUUAACAUGUAUUGCGAAUAAUAUCAACCAUUUUAGGUGUAUCGUAUCAUUAAAUAUCGAGAAGCGCA